ACAACGUUAUCAGAAGAGAACUUGUAAACGAGUUGCUCGGGAAAGUCCUUUUUGUUGCGGUAAUUUGUAGCUUCCAUUAGAUAGACGGCUACAGGGGUGACCUGCUGACACAAGAGCUGUGACAACUAUAACCUUCUCAUAAAAGAAGGUGAGCAGAUUACGUUCUUAGUUGACAUUGUUCAACACAGUGAUUUGUGGCAUCUCUGUUGCAAGACGUUGAUGAAGAAAACUUAGAAGAAAGGCGUCAACACAGGGAUGAGGUGGAUCCUUCUGUGAACAUAGCAAUAGCAGCUCAUACUAUGGAUCAAAGAGUGGCCCAGAUUAAAGAAGAGGAUUGUGAAUGGGAAUCAUUUUGCUUAACACAGGCAGGUCUUGACAUAAAACAAGAAGAUUCCUCUGAUUCUGAAACAAAGAGUUAUGAGCAGGUGGUCAUCUGCACUAAAAGGACCUCAUCUGAGCUUGUGUCUCCCAGUAGUAAAAUAACAAAUGAUAAUAAUCAGCAUUGUUUUAAACAAGAUGCCUCUUCAGAACAUGACUCCAUUUUCAGCUGCAGUCCAACAGUAAAGGAAGAGCUGACUGAUUUUGGGUCCAAUCAGAUGAGAGGAUGCUUUCAUUCUCUGUCCUCUUCCGAUGUAAAGCCUGAAGCAGUCGAGGUUGAUGACACAGUCAUGAAGGAGAUGUGCAGCCAGACAGAAAAUGAUGAGCUCUGCUUUUCAAGUCAACUUGAAAAAUAUUUACAAGAAAACAGCAGCUGCUCCUCAUCUUCAAGUGCCCAGAGCACUCCUCAUGAAAAUAUGAAAAACAGGGAUCUUGUGUUAGAAAAUGAGAAUUUGGGUUCUUUGCAAGAUAGCAGAACUGAAUUAAAUAUCAGCAAUUUACAAAACAAAAUAUCUCACUCAGAAUUUUCAGAGAGAACCAGUCUUCAGAUACACACGGCAAUUCAGAAAAAGUUUUCAUGUUCUCAGUGUGGGAGACAGUUCUCCCAUUCAAGCAGCCUUCAGAGGCAUGCAAUCAUUCAUACUGGUGAGAAGCCGUAUUGCUGUCCUGAGUGUGGUAAACGAUUCUCCUACAUAAGCAGUUUUCAGGCACAUAUGAGAAUUCACACUGGAGAAAAGCCAUAUUCCUGUUCUAAGUGUGGGAAGAGAUUCUCACAGCUAGGACAUGUUUAUUUACAUUCAAUUAUUCACUCCAGCGAGAAGCCACAUUGCUGUCCUGAAUGUGGUAAGCGUUUCUCGUAUGUAAGCAGUUUUCAAGCACACAUGAGAAUUCACACUGGAGAGCGGCCACACAGCUGUCCCGAGUGUGGCAAACGAUUCUCUCGCAUUGGAAGCCUACAUGCCCACAAGAGAAUUCAUACAGGAGAGAAACCACACUGUUGUCCUGACUGUGGCAAACAGUUCUCACAAAUAAGCAGUCUUCAGAGACAUGCAGUAAUUCAUACUGGAGAAAAACCACACUGUUGUCCUAACUGUGGCAAGCAGUUUUCCCAAAUGAGCAGUCUGCAGAGACACAAAGUAAUUCACACUGGAGCAAAGCCACAUUGCUGUUCUGAAUGUGGCAAGCGAUUCUCACAACUCAGCCACCUUCAGACACACAUAAGAGUUCACACUGGAGAGAAGCUGCAUUGUUGUUCUGUAUGUGGUAAGCUGUUUUCACAACUUAGCCACCUUCUCACACACUCGAGAAUUCACACAGGGGAGAAACCACAUGGCUGUUCUGAAUGUGGGAAACGGUUCUCACGCAAGAGCAACCUCCAGCGACACAUAAGAGUUCACACAGGAGAGAAACCACAUGGCUGUUCUGUCUGUGGCAUGCGAUUCUCACAACAUAGCCAUCUCCGAACACACUCAAAAAUUCAUUCCAAAAAUAAAACAUACCGGUAUCGGAAAGGUGGUAUCGCCAGAAAAAAUAACCAGUAAGAAAGAAUCACUAAUCUCGUAGGGUAUUCUGUGCAGACAUAGAUAUGCCAGAAGAGUGGAUUCAGUGACCAAAAAAAAAAAAAAAAUCUUCUCUAACCUUGUUACUAAAAGAGAUGAUGAAAUAUGAUAUCAUUCUGGCAUUGAACAUAAGAAAUGAAAAACUGUAAUUAUCUAACUUAUAUUUAUUUAACUGAUUGGAAUUGUCUAUUACAAUUGCUCCUUACUGAAUCCAAAAAAAGAAACCAAAGUAACAAAUCUGAGUAAAAACAAAAAACAAUACUUAAGGUUGAUCUGAUGUAAUAGUGGAUCUUACCCUGUAAUUAUGAGGAUAAUAGAUUCAAAACUGUGAGAAGUCGCAACACUGUUCUGAGUAUGGGAAAUACUUCUCAUGCAUCAGCAAUCUUCAUGAAUGUAAACAUAGUUUCUAUCCUUUGUAUCUUUGGCUAUUGACCCAUUAUAAGCUGUUGGCAUGAGAAAGGCCCAGGAAAGACAAAAAAGCAGUUGGCCGUGUCCCUCACAAAAAUGAAGGAAUACAGCAGAAAUGGGUACAAAGCAAAAUCUACUCCUUCACUGUUUUAGUAGAAAGUCGAGCAUGCCUUAAUCAUAUGUCAUGUUUUCUUCCAGCAUUUGAGGAAAGGCUGGUGUUUUUCAGUCAUUACACUUAAAAUGAAGCGAGUUGUAUCUAAAUGCUUAAGUCCUUGUACCAAUGUACCUUUAUGGGCUUAAAUAAGUCAGCCUUUUCACUUGAUGGAUAUACCUACUAUUAAGUAAAUUGGAAUCCUGGGCCAUCUGGUACCUGUUUUUGACCUUCUCAGCAAAUGAGACCUACUGCCUUUAUAGAGAGGCAAGUAUUCAUUUUCCACUGUUAUCCUUAAAUAUUUGGUGCUAGUUUUCUAGCAAUUAACUUACUUAUAAGAGAGGGUGCAUCAUAAAAAUACAGUUUUGAAAGAAGGCCAAGGUAGGAAGUGUAAUUGUAUGUAAAAAUUUGCUUCAGUGAACCCACCAUUCCAUGCAUAUCUUGUUUCACUAACAUGUCAAAAUGCUAAUGUAAAAUUGGAGAUUAUCGUAUUUCUUGUAAUCUGAUUAUACAGCAAAGUAGCAGAAUUCUAAGGUCUGUAUCUUGGCGGCAUCCAACUGCUUCAAUUAUUACCAGUAACUCUAAUGAGGGAAUAACAUGUAAAAAGUCUGCUAAAUUCUCAGGUUGCACCUUCCAUUUGUCGGGUUCAACAUUAUGACGACUUCAGUGUUGUCACAAUUCUUACUGAAUGAUCCAGUGAUGAAGAAGACACCUCAGUGUGUAGAUGCUGCUACAUUUCAAUUCAUUUCAAUUAGCUGUCGUUAUAUCUUACAAUCCAAUUAAAAUAUGUGUUGCUAGUCCUGCUGGUGCAAGAAACAUUAAAAGUCUUGAACCAAACAUUAAA